AUGCUUGACCACAUCUGGGGCACGCUGGCAGACAGCGCGCCAGUGCCCGAUGACGGCAUCACCAGCAGCAGCAGCACGCUGCCGACCGAUGACUCGGGUCUUCUGCCCUCGGGCCCCCCGCUGCCGACCUCCGCCUUCUGGUUCUGCCUCUUCUGGCUCCUCCCCGUCGUCGUCUACUUUCUGCUGGACUGGCUGACGCAGCAGCGCCGCCGCACCUUCCGGGGCGCGCCGGCGCUCCCCGUGGUGCCCACGGGCCCCGAGCGAGGCGCGGCCGGCGGGCGCGCGGCGCCGGCGGAGGGGCCCUCGGUGCUGGCAGCCUCGAUUGAGCACAGCCUGCCGCACCGCAACGUCAAGGUGAUCGCGGGCGGGCUCGGCAAGGUGAUGGACGUUGUGGCCCAGCACCACCCGACCGAGAUCACGAUGGUGCACCCUGCGGUGAGCGGAGACGGGGACGACCCCCGCCCCGACGCCGUCUACGGGGAGCCCGACGGCGACGAGCCGCCGCUGCACGUCGUCGUCGACGGGCGCCGGGAGGAGGUGGCCGUGAGGCGGUACUCGGGCGCCUCGUCGGGCCCAGGGUUGCCGCAGGUGCAGUUCCUGCUGCUGCUGCACCCGCUGUUCCUGAAGCGCUCCAGGAGGUGCCUCUACCCCAACCCGAUGUCGCGGGCCGAGGUCCUCGCGUUCUUUUCGCUGUGGAACCAGGCGGUGGGAGCGCUGCUCGUCCGCCUCAGGCCGCAUAUUUUCCACUGCCCGGACUUCCACACGGCCGUGGCACCGUGGUACGCGCUGCCACAACAUCCCGACCUGCGCAUGCUGCUGGUCCUGCACAACGCGGAGUACCAGGGUACCAUAAGCACCGACCAGAUUCGUGGAGUGAAGGUGGACCGCAUAGCAAGCAUCUUCAACCUCUCGGCCGAUAAGGUGCAGAAGCACCUGGUUCUGGACGGACGGUUUAAUAUGCUGAAAGCUGCCGUUGAUUUCCUGCUGGAGCACCAGGGAGGGGUCGGGGCUUGCGCAGUCUCUGACCACUACGCGCUGGAGGUCCGGCAGCUCUACGGGCUGCUCUGGCGCCUCCCCACCGUGCAGGGCUUGGAGAACCCCAUGCUCGAGGACGAACGCGUGGAGUGGGACGACCUGCACUCCAGAAGGGCCGCCGCUAAGGCUACCAUCCAGCGUCAGCUGGGGCUCCGCGAGGACCCCAGUGCCAAGCUUUUCGUUUCGCUGGGGAGGCUCGUGCGUCAGAAGGGCGUGGACCUGCUGGCCGAUGUGGCGCCCUGGCUGCUGGAGAAGUAUCCAGAUGCGCAGCUCGUCAUCGUCGGCCCCGUCGGAGAUGGCUUCGGCCACUACGCUGGCCACCACCUGCAGGGCCUAGCGGAGGAUGAGCGUUUCCGAGGGCGGGUGUUUGUCAAGUGCGAGUUCCAAAAGGUCGGUGACGACCUCCGCUUUGCCGCCGACUUCUGCCUGAUGCCCUCCCGGGACGAGCCGUUCGGGUACGUUGACGUGGAGUUCGCGUGGUGCGGCGCCCUGGUGGUCGGGGCGCAGGCUGGGGGGCUGGGCAAGGUGCCCGGCUUCUACUACGUGGCGCAGAACAGGGAGAAUCUGAGCCGGCUCCGCCGCGAGCUGAGGACGAGGGGGGGGCUCUGA